AGAGAGACAGACACGCCUCACCCCCACCACAAGAACACCAAAGCCACAUCCCAUCCAUCUCCACGGUGAGGCUUGAGCGAUCCGAGCAAAAAAAAUCAUCCGCGACGCAGCGACGCAGGUUUGUUCUCUGAUCUCUCUGGUUCUUCUUUUAGCAGCAGGGACGCACAACACAAGAAAAGGUCCGGUUCAAGAGGCUCUUCUGUUGGGUUUUUUUAGAAUCCUCAAGAGAAGCGUGUUCUUGGGUUAGGAUUUUUUUCUCACCUCAUAACACCUCUCCUAGGAGGAACAGAGAUCCAGAGAACCUUUUUUCUCUUCUGGAUCCUUGCCGCCUUUUGGCGUUCGAAAGGGGGUUGUUUUGCAAUACCCUCUCUCUGUUUUUUUUUUCUUUCUUGGCACAAACCCACCUCGUUUCUCUACUUUUAUUGAGGAACAGAGCUGGUUUUCCAAAAAAAAAAAUUCUGCUUUGAUUUUCCAUAAAGAAAACCUCUCAGCCUCUUUCUUCUAGCUCCAUCCAAGCUGUAGUCCUAAUGGCCGCAGCCAUCGACAUGUACAAGUACUACAAUACCAGCGCACACCAGAUCCCCUCCUCAUCCCCCUCGGAUCAGGAGCUCGCGAAAGCACUCGAGCCUUUUAUAACGAGUGCUUCCUCCUCUUCAUCCUCCUCCCCCUACCAUGGCUACUCGUCCUCUCCAUCCAUGUCCCAAGAUUCUUACAUGCCUACACCCUCUUACACCAGCUACGCCACCUCGCCUCUUCCCACUCCCGCCGCCGCCUCCUCCUCGCAGCUUCCGCCGCUCUACUCGUCGCCUUAUGCGGCGCCGUGCAUGGCCGGCCAGAUGGGCCUGAACCAGCUCGGCCCGGCCCAGAUCCAGCAGAUCCAGGCCCAGUUCAUGUUCCAGCAGCAGCAGCAGCAGCAGAGGGGCCUGCACGCGGCGUUCCUGGGCCCGCGGGCGCAGCCGAUGAAGCAGUCAGGGUCGCCGUCGCCGCCGCCGCCGCUGGCGCCGGCGCAGUCGAAGCUGUACCGCGGCGUGCGGCAGCGCCACUGGGGCAAGUGGGUGGCGGAGAUCCGGCUCCCGAAGAACCGCACGCGGCUGUGGCUCGGCACCUUCGACACCGCGGAGGACGCGGCGCUCGCCUACGACAAGGCGGCCUUCCGCCUCCGCGGCGACACGGCGCGCCUCAACUUCCCGGCCCUCCGGCGCGGCGGCGCGCACCUCGCCGGCCCGCUGCACGCCUCCGUGGACGCCAAGCUGACCGCCAUCUGCCAGUCCCUGUCGGAGUCCAAGUCCAAGAGCGGCUCGUCCGGCGACGAGUCGGCCGCGUCCCCGCCGGACUCCCCCAAGUGCUCGGCGUCGACGACGGAGGGAGAGGGGGAGGAGGAGUCGGGCUCCGCCGGCUCCCCUCCUCCUCCUCCUCCUCCCCCGACGCUGGCGCCGCCCGUGCCGGAGAUGGCGAAGCUGGACUUCACGGAGGCGCCGUGGGACGAGACGGAGGCCUUCCACCUGCGCAAGUACCCGUCCUGGGAGAUCGACUGGGAUUCCAUCCUGUCAUGAGCAAUAACAGCUCCGUGUAAUUUUCUACUGUUUGGUUUUUGCGGCUGCGUUGGCCCGAUGGCAUUUUAGACGUCGGCCAUGGCGGCUGCAAGUAGCAAGUGAGUAACUAGCUAGCUAGUACAUCGUCGUCGUCCAGUGUUGUGAAGCAGAGUUAAGUACAUGCGUGCUAAUCUCCUGGUUGAGCUGCCGGUUGUUUUUUCUCACGGCACGGCCAGUCGAGAAGAGUCAGUAGUGUAAUCUCGUGGUUUUAUGAUCAUCUGUUGCAGCUUAUGUAUGGAACUUUGUCUAUCUA